AUGGACUAUGCUGACGACUCCGGCACUAGACCGUCAGUAUAUGCGUUAAUCGACAUGCUCGGCACACUCGAAUACGAGAAGUACAAGAAGCGUGAGAGGGAGUACCGCUACUUGCUCAAGAGAUGUCACAUCGAAGGCAUUUGCUUUUGUAAGCAGAUAAAAAGUCUCAAGCUCGCUGUCAAGCAGCGCAAGAUUGCUUUGCCCAAGACAUGCACGAAGAUCGUCCUAGCCAAGAGACUGCAGCAGUUCGACUCUCAACAUCCCUUCCAAUUUAUGGACUUGCCUGUCGAGAUCCGCCUACGCAUCUAUAGCAUGGCAAUCAGUAGCCAUCAAGACCUUACCAUCUCCGACCAUCGCGAUGUGGCUGAACCUGCUUUACUCCAAACCAAUCGCCAGAUCCGCAGCGAGUCUAUUCCAAUCUUCUACGGCACCAACUGCUUCCGCCUUGAGCUGCAGGUGCCAACCGAUUCUACAAACCGCACGUUAUCAUACUUGUUCAAGGAACCUGAGCUCACUUGGUUGCACCUCAUCGGCCCCGACAGAAUCAAGAGCCUUCGCCAUGUCUCGUUCUACAACCGCGAUUCCAACGUUCGCCUUAAUCUUACCAGUCGAUUAUCUAGUGAAUGGAUGAUUUCGCUCAUCGAAACGAACAUGGGCUGUCCAUUCAAAGGUCACAAAGAGUGGACUUUGCCACAAAUGCGCAGGCACUUCAGCAUCAACGCCAGACUGGAAGCCCUGGAUCCAACCAUCAACCCUGUCGAUAUGUGCAGUAUGACUGUCACGAAGGCCAUACAGGACUUCCACGCCAGCUGUAGCGAAGGCAACAAGUUGGAGACGACUUUGCCUGGUCUCUCUAUUCUAGCUGAGGCUGCCAUCUCAAUCCUCGAAGCCACGUUGUUCGCAGGAGGUAGUUCCUUAGUCGGUCUCUAUGGUUACGCUCGAGCUUGA